CCCAAUUGAAAACUUCAUGUCAUGAUAUUCUGAGCUGAGCUUAUACAUGAGCUGAGCAACUCUGGGAUGGAAAGCCAGUGCAAGAUCGUUCAACUCCUCCAAACAACCGAGGGUCUGAUUGAAGAGCCUUUGAGACGGACAGCAGCCGAUGGGUGCAACAGUAGCAAUCCCAAACUUCCUUGCUCCAAGUUUCAGAUUAUUGUUGCUUACCCUUAAGUGCUUCUCAUACGCUUGGACCAGAGAAGCUAUGAACUUCUCCUUUGGUUGCUUGCUCUUUGAAUGGUAAUGCACAAAGAGGUCAUUGGCUCCAAUGCUGAUAAAGAACAAGGAUUUGGAGAGA